AUGUUAGAUAUUGCGGUAUUAUGUUAGGUAUUUCUCAAUUACAAUUUCCUUCAAGAGAUUCUGGUAAGAUCAGGUUUUUUAGCUAUUUAGGUACUUUUGUUUCAUUAAGUAUUCUACUUAAUCCUGUUAGUAUCUGUUUUAUGGGUGCUACUUUAUUAUUUCGCAGUGAAAUUAAAGCUUUUUAUGUUUAUAAAGAAAUGAAAGCUGCAAAACAACAAAAAGUAAGCAAAAGAGAAUACUGGGAAAUAUUUUUCAAGAAUAACAUAACUAAAGUAGUGUAUUUUUGCUUGCUUUCAGCAGGUAUGAUGUACUUUUCUUUCACUUCGACUUUUCUACUGGUUGCAUCAUUCGGGGCGAUACCGUUAACAAUGUUAUUGAUUUUACUACAGAGUGAGCUAAGGCCGAAAGAUUUCAAUCCAUUGACACUAUUUAAAGCAGCUAUGGAUUUCUUUGUAGAAGGUAUAAAAGAAAAUUCACGUAGUCUAGUUAAUGGCCUUGAUGCUAGAUUUGAGCAUUUGCUGCCUCAUAUGUUGAAUGAUGAAACCAUUAAAAAUAUCAAAUUACUGGCAGAAAAGUAUGGUGAAAAGAUACCCGAGUAUAAAGAUGUUAUUAAUAGUGGUGAAUUUAUUAAUUUUAUUGAAUAUAUAAAAGAUAUAGAAGAUCCACGUGUGUUAAAAGAUGAUGCGAAGAAUAAGCUCAUCUUAUUUUUGAAGGAUUUUUGUGAAAAUGAUCAAAAGCACAGUUCUGGAUUUACAGGAGGACAGAUUUUACUGCUAGUUUUAAGAGCUUGUAAUGACGGAGAAGGUGAAGUUAUUGUGAAUAAAAGAGAUGCAUUAAUAGUCAAUUUACUUGAUACUCAAACAUUCUCAACAAAAGAACGAAUUCCCAAUACUUGUUUUACGGGUAUUAUUUAUAGGAUGUUAAGCUCGUUGGAAGGAAUGCAUUUUGAUCCAGAAAUCAAAUUCACUCCACCAAGGCGGAUGUUUCUCGAAGAAGCAAAAAAUCAAGCAAGUAGGUUUAUGUUAGAUGUAUUAAAGAAAAAGAAAAACAAUAAAGAAAUUUUUCAUGCUUGGUAUCAGGUUCAGAAUGAUCCUGAUAGUCAAAAAAUAGUUGACGAUUUCAUAGCGGAAGUAAGAGUGCCGUUAAUGAGGGAAUUAUUGGGUUUUGGAUCAGUGUACACUGAACAAAUUAUGCUAAUGUUAAUGAAUAGUAUUGGUUCUAUAAGGUUAAAAAGAAUAGAGGGAACUAUCCUUCUGCGUGUAGAAGGUGAGUUAAAAAAGCAUGGGUUAGAUAAUCUAUAUGAUAAUCAAGUAGAAAAUAUUGCGAAUAAGGUAUUCUUAGCACUAUUAGAUAAAGAUUUAUUAAAUACAGAUUUUUCUUUAAAAAAUUUAUUUAUACGAAAAGAAGAGUAUAUGAUAAUCUCUGAGAUAGUAGAGAGGGAGGCAGAGAGGUUAAAAUUAGAACCUAAAAAGACUAUGGAAGGUCAAGUAGUUAGAAUGUUAAAUAAUUUGAAUAGGCUACCGCAAAGCAGAAGAUGCUAUAGAAUAUAUGAAGAGCUUGGAAAGAAUGACGAGGAUAAAAAAAGAGAAGUUAAAAGAAUUUUACAUGAAAGGUUAAAAUUACCGGAAAAAACAAUAAAUGCACUGCUGAAGGAGGAAUCUUUAAGCAAGCUAGAAUUGGCAAUUGAAGAUAUUUAUCAUCAAAGUAAAAACAAUGUAGUUGAGUUAUAUAAUAAGAUAAAAGAAGUAAAGAGAGAAUUCACUGAAGAUGAAUUAUUAACAGCAGAGGAAAUAGAUAGCAUAGUGAAAGGGAAAAUAGUAAAUUUAAGCACAGAAGACAAAUUAGUAUUAUCAAAGGGUAGGUUAUCUCGGUGUUCGAGUGUUAGCAAUAUGGCUAGUGGUUACGAUUUAUAGUUAUAGUAACUUACUUUCCUUACCUUGCAAAAGGUUCGUGAUAUUUUUAUGGUGUUUUAAGAAAAUUAAUAUUCCGAUAACAAGCAGCAUCGAAAAUAAAUUUUUAUGAAGAAAAGGUGACAUUAUUGUAGUGAUUGCAGUGGCACUUAAAGAGGAGAGGGAAGAAUAUCU